CUGUUGCAUAUGGAUAAUAAUGAUGAAGGUUCGGCGACGCUAACGCCAGAAGCGCGCCUCACUUUCAAAACAUGGCGUCAGCUGUGAAAAGAAGGCGGCCCAAUUUCUCAAACGAGGAAAUUUUAGCCCUCAUCACAGGGGUGAGGCAAAGAUGGGAAACCAUCACAGGGCCUCUGUCCUCUUGCGUCACCGCUGCAGCCAAGCAACGAGCUUGGGAAGCUGUGGUGGAGGAGGUCAACGCCGUGAGUGGAGUUGGGCGCAGCGUGGAGGAGGUGCGCAUGAAGUUCUCCGACUUCAAGCGCCACACUAAGAAGAAGUUGGGAGAAUUAAGACGUGAGGCGACUAGCACAGGUGGCGGCUCUGUCCAAACAGACACCCUCACCGAUGCUGAGGAGGCCAUGGCGCAGGUGCUGGACCCUGCAGUUGUAGCGGGUGUGGGAUCUGGUUUAGAAUCAGAUCCUCGUCCAACACCUUCUGUGUCUGCAGCUGCUGCAGACACAGAAGUGUGUAGAAUCUUCCUUUCGGAGGAUUCUAUGACACCCGCACUUCUGCAAGGCCCAUCACAGCCCCCUCCUCACCAUCCCCGCCCUACUCCUACUCACCAGCUAGCCCCUGAAUUGGCACCUGUCCACCGUGCCCCAGAAACUCAAUCUCCCCCUGAUGUAGGAGCGGCACCUCACGCUUCCACCAGAAGACACAAGAGGGUUGAUCCACCAGUUGGGCCAAAAAUGGUGGAAAUUCAAGAAGAUAUCCUUCUUGAAGUGAGGAGGCUGAGUGGUACUAUGGACAAGGUAGCUGCAGCCUUGGAAAAAAUUGCAGUUACCUUGUCAAAAUAAGGUGACAGGUCCAAUUAGGUACCCAUUUAUCGUCCAGCCCAAAAGCGAGGAUGAACAGCCACUGCACCUUAAAGGAUCCCUCCACAGAUGCCUCCUCAGCCCCUCCCUUAGGACCAUCCAGCAGACCUCCACACCCAGCACCACCAACAUGGCCAACCACUCCGUCCAGCACCACUGUCUUUUAACAUCUAAGUUUUACUUCCUACUGGAAGUAUGCCAACAUGCAGCCUGUGCCUAAGACGGGUGACCAUUCCAAUCCUUCAGACUACAAAAGACCUUCCCAACAGAAACUACACGAUUCCAGGAUGGAGGCUGCAGAAUGCUCAACUUCAUACCUUACUAUCACUUCCAAUUAAGCCAAGCCCUUCAACGCCUCUAAAACUCAAUUUUUUAACCUGUCAACUUGACACAAUCUUCCAAACACUUAUCCCCCAUUUUUCAAUAACACUCAGCUGUCACCUACAAUAAACAUCCUCGGUCUAUCCUUAACUCAAAAUCUCAACUGGAAACUUCACAUCUCCUCUCUUACUUAAUCAGCUUCCUUGAGGUUGGGCUUUCUGUAUCAUCUCUGCCAGUUCUUUUAUCCUCCCAAAUGAUAUCUAUAUACAGGGGCCUUGUCUGCCCUAUUAUGCAGUAUACAUUUCAUAAUGUUCCUUACUCUUUGUCUCUUUCCAUUCCUUAACUACAUUUCCAUUGCUCUAAAAAAUAUGAGUG